AUGCCAUCUACCGAGCAAGAUCAAUCAGCCAAUACUUCUUUCGAUGUAUCUCAUUUUCGUCAAAGUGCUUUGGAAGCUUGGAAAACCCUAAGAGAAGCGGAAAAAGAAGUUCCAGGCUCGGUCUUAGCAUCAAGUAUGCACCUCCUCAGAUAUUAUGCUACUUCGACGAGAGAUUGGAAGAGCGAUACGUAUUAUGACAAGCUGCUUGAAGCUUCAACAGCGCUAGGGGGGGCUAGCGUACCGUUUACUAAGACAAGAAGGGACAAGUUGAUAGAGAUGAAGAGGGAAAACUUUGGGCAGGCUUCCGAAAGUACUUAUCUUCCUGUACUUAAUCCUCUUAUGAUGGUUGCUGAAGAUGCUCUUCAGACAGCAGACGAGGAAGCAGGAUUAUCUCAAGAAGGAGCAAACGUUGUUGAAGAGCAAAGUGAACAUCGCCCAAGAACAUCGAAAGAGGCUUUUACGGAUUUCAUCGUCAGUCUAGAUGAUGCGACACUGAGCCGAGUCGCUUGUGAGGCAUACCAAAAGUAUAUCCCUCCUGGAGACCUCUGA